CAGUGCCUUGAUGUUGCUUGACAAGAACAACUUGAUCAAGUACGACAAGCGCACGGGCCAGGUGCAGGUCACGGCACUGGGCCGUGUGGCCAGCCACUAUUACAUCCGUCACCCGUCCAUCGCGACAUUCAACGACCACCUCAGGCCUAUGAUGUCCGACAUCGAGUUGCUUCGCCUGUUCUCCCUGUCGAACGAGUUCAAGUACAUACCCGUCCGCGAGGAGGAGAAGGUCGAGAUGGCCCGCCUAGUGGAGAAGGUGCCGGUCCCCGUCAAGGGAGGCACCGACGAGCCGUCCUCCAAGGUGAAUGUGCUGCUCCAGGCUUACAUCUCCAAGCUGAAGAUGGACGGAUUCGCGCUGAUGUCGGACAUGGUUUACGUGCAGCAGUCCGCGGGCCGCAUCAUGCGCGCAAUCUUCGAGAUAUGCCUCCGCAGAGGCUGGGCUGCGCUGGCCCUUCGUGCCCUGCAAUGGUGCAAGAUGAUCGACAAGCGGAUGUGGGGGUCGCAGACGCCCCUGCGCCACUUCAAAGGCCUCGCCGAGGACAUCCUCCGCAAGGUGGAGAAGAAGGAUUUCGCCUGGGAGCGCUACUACGACCUGUCCAGCGCCGAGAUCGGGGAGCUGAUCCGCUUCCCAAAGAUGGGCAAGACUAUCCACAAGCUUGUCCACCAGUUCCCCAAGCUGGAUCUCAGCGCGUACGUGCAGCCGAUCACGAGGUCCUGCCUCAUGGUGGAGCUGACAAUUACCCCAGACUUUCAGUGGGACGCGCGCGUGCACGGCCGCGCGGAACCGUUUUGGGUUUUCGUGGAGGAUGUGAACGGCGAGCAGAUCCUCCACCAGGAGAUGUUCGUGUUGAAGGAGCGGGGCGCGGAGGAGGAGCACACGCUGAAUUUCACGGUGCCCAUCACGGAGCCCUUGCCGCCUCAGUAUUUCAUCCGGGUCGUGUCGGACCGAUGGAUCAACGCACAGACAUUGCUCCCCGUCUCCUUCAGGCACCUCAUCUUGCCCGAGAAGUACCCGCCGCACACCGAGCUGCUUGAUCUGCAGCCGCUGCCGCUCACGGCGCUGCGAUACCCCGCGGCGGAGCAGCUGUACGCGGCCGCGGGCCUCAAGGUGAUCCUCCUCGUCCUCAUGCUGAUGCUCGUGAUGCCGCUGUUGUUCCUUCGCCUCCCCCUCCUCGAUCCUCGAACCUGUCCCCAUCUCCAUCCUUUCUAUCCCCGUCCUCAUUCUCUCCCAC